CCCCCGGCCCGCUGCAUCUCGCGGGAUCUCGUGAGUACGGCCGGGUCAGGUGCAGUCAUGGAGGCGGAGGAGGCAGAUGUGGAUGUGGAAGGAGAUGUGCAGGCGGCUGCACAGCCGGGAAAUGAUGAAAACACAGCAUCAGUCUUUCAAGAUCACUAUCUUGAUUCAACAUGGGGAAGGGAGAAUGGCUGUCUUCCUUGGACUCUGGAUAGCACCAUCAGUGACGAGAACAGAGCUGUCAUUGAGAAAAUGCUGUUGGAAGAAGAGUAUUAUUUGUCUAAUAAAUCACUCCCAGGAAAAUUCUGGAUUAAUCAAAAGGAAGAUGAUAAAAAGCACACCAACAGUCUGCAGAAAACAGCAAAACUCACGGUACAUUCUCCUACAAAACCAGCCAGUUGUUCAGUCAAGUGGACAAUAGAAGAAAAAGAACUAUUUGAACAAGGACUGGCUAAAUUUGGCCGAAGGUGGACCAAAAUUGCAACACUAGUUCAGAGUCGCACAGUUUUACAAGUGAAGACUUACGCCAGACAGUACUUUAAAAAUCAGGUAAAGUGGGGUGUGGAGAAAGAGACACCAGCUCAGAGGAGCAGCAGUGAUCUCCAGGGGAAAUCUAAAGAGGAGAGGACGAAGGUGCGGGCAGCAUCCUGCUUGCGGGGGCGUGCCGAUCCUAACUUGAAUGCUGUAAAAAUUGAAAAAUUAUCUGAUGAUGAAGACGUAGACAUCACAGACGAACUGGAUGAGCUGACUUCUCAGACACCAGAAAAGAAUUCUGGCAGCCAUAUUACUUUAGACAUUCCUAAUAGUAAAAUUUGUGAAGCCAACCAUGGAGAAUUCAUAUGCUCAGAAGGCCCCUUAGCUAAAUCUUCCCGGGAGUAUCUUCAGAAUGUGAAGCCAAGUGAAGCAGAAGCCUUUUCAAGCUCAGAAAUUACAUCGUGGGCUACAAGACAGACCAGUAAUAGCGAAAACUCAGUCGAAUUAAGUGAGAAGAACAACAGACUGACUCAAGGCUACGAUGUGCAAGAUGGGGAAGAAGUAACAGGCGAAGCCAAGCCCUCACCCUCUCCAGAGUCCUGUGAGAGUCAGCAGGUGGAGGACAGCCAUGAGGUAGAAGAGCUUAAGCCACCAGAGCAAGAAGUGGAAAUCGAUAGAAAUGUCAUUCAAGAAGAAGAAAAGCAAGCAAUUCCUGAGUUUUUUGAGGGGCGCCAAACUAAAACACCAGAACGCUAUUUGAAAAUUAGAAACUACAUUUUGGAUCAGUGGGAAAUAUGCAAACCGAAAUACUUAAAUAAGACCUCAGUACGUCCUGGCCUGAAGAACUGUGGGGAUGUUAAUUGUAUUGGACGGAUUCAUACAUACCUCGAGUUGAUAGGAGCAAUCAAUUUUGGAUGUGAGCAGGCAAUAUAUAACAGGCCACAGCCGGUCGAUAGGGUACGAGUGAGUGACAGGACAGAUGCCGAAGCAGCCUACCAGCUUGCCCAGCGCCUGCAGUCUAUGCGUACAAGAAGACGUAGGGUCCGAGACCCAUGGGGAAACUGGUGUGAUGCAAAAGACUUAGAAGGGCAAACAUUUGAGCAUCUGUCUGCAGAAGAGUUGGCAAAAAGAAGAGAGGAUGAAAAGUGCAAACCUGUUAAAUCUUCAAAAGUUUCAAAACUACCAAAAAGCUCACUUGAUCCAUUCCAACUGAUACCUUGUAAUUUUUUCAGUGAAGAAAAGCAGGAGCCGUUUCAGGUGAAGGUAGCUUCAGAAGCAUUACUAAUAAUGGAUGUGCAUGCUCACGUGUCUAUGGCGGAGGUGAUUGGGCUGUUAGGAGGAAGAUACUCAGAGGCUGAGAAGACCCUUGAAGUCUGUGCAGCAGAACCAUGUAACAGUCUGAGCACAGGACUACAAUGCGAGAUGGAUCCUGUAUCACAAACACAGGCUUCAGAAACCUUGGCUCUUAGAGGCUACAGUGUUAUUGGGUGGUACCAUUCUCAUCCUGCCUUUGAUCCAAAUCCAUCUUUACGAGAUAUUGACACACAAGCCAAAUACCAGAGUUACUUCUCCAGAGGAGGAGCAAAGUUCAUUGGGAUGAUUGUUAGUCCGUAUAAUCGAAGUAACUCUUUACCAUACUCCCAGAUUACCUGCUUGGUUAUAAGUGAAGAAGUUAGCCCUGAUGGUGCCUAUCGUUUACCCUACAAAUUUGAAGUCCAGCAGAUGCUAGAAGAACCUCAGUGGGAAUUAGUGUUUGAAAAGACAAGAUGGAUAAUCGAGAAAUACAGGCUUUCCCAUAGCAGUGUCCCCAUGGAUAGAAUCUUUCGCCGGGAUUCUGACCUAACUUGUUUGCAGAAACUUAUGGAGUGUCUAAGGAAAACACUGAGCAGAGUAGCCAAUUGCUUCAUCGCUGAGGAAUUCUUGACCCAGAUAGAAAAUUUGUUCCUUUCCAAUUACAAAAGCAAGGAAGAAAAUGGACUGGCUGAAGAGAACAGUACAACGGAUUUGUUCUUGUAAUAUUUUAAAAUGUCUGCGUGCUUUGACAACUGCAGGUGGCCCCUGUGCUGGCCUUGCCAACCUUGGCCUCCUGGAAAUAGUUGGAGCCAAGGCCUUAAAGAAGCACCGAGGAGUGUGGACCCGAGGAGGCAUGCAACACAGAAGUUGAUGAAGCAGGCUCCUAGAGAAAACCCCUUCCCAGCAGUGUGCGCAGCAGUGGAGGACCAGAGACACCUGAGACCCUUCAUCCCACGCUCUGCCUCUUUGAAGGAAGCAGCUGUAAAAUAAUGAGCUUAGAAUUUGUGUCUUGUUCUGCCUUGGGUAAGGAAAAUUAAUAACAGUACUUCUCCUCUGUUAGACGUGGUGUUCUUCAAAAAUAGUACUCAAGAAAUCAAAUCAGGCCAUCAGUUAAUCUUGGCGUUCUUCCCCAGUCCUGUAAAGUGCCCAUUGCUAUAGUUGGUUUGACCUGUGCUCACAGCUCAUGAGCUUUUUUAGGCCCCGAGUACUUUUGCCCACUUGGACCCCUUCUGUAUAAAAUUUAAAUUUAUAUUUUAAAAUUGUGUUUGUAUAAAAUGACAGUAUUCAUAUUUUGAAUUAAAAUAGUCCUUUAUCUAAAACUUAUUAUUAUUUUUACUAAAAAAUUAAGUAAAAUUUUGGUUACAUGCCCUGGGAGUCUGAGACACUGUGUCCAAUGGAUAGUUUGCCCUGUCUGUAUUCAGAGGCCUCAGGAAAAUGCAGUUAAUGUUCCCUGUCCCUUCCCACCACCUCUAAGUUAUCUAUUGUCAUUCUGCCUGGUGGAGCUUUAUUCUUUCGCAUCCUAGCCAGAACUCAGGGCAUUGCUUACUACCAUUCAGUCCUGGGGGAGACAGAGACGGGGCUGGGGUGAGGAGACAGAUAGAUAGACAUUUUUAUUCUAGUUUCUGCUUUUACAGCUUGUGCCUACUUCACAGGGUGAGGCUCCUUUCUUUCUUCCCUUUCAUCUCAAGCCCUUUUAUUCAUCCGUCCUCACGGCUCCUAGGUAUAAGAUCUUUGUAUCACUUGCUGAAAGCGAUACACAGACCCGCUCAGAUUUCCCUGCAGUUGUUUCUCCACAGAGUGCUCCUGCUCCCAGACGGGAUAGGUGCGGGCUGUGACGUGCAGACUGCAAAAACCUUCGGCCUCUUCAGUUCUCAGGACAAAGAAGAUGGCAGCCUCAGAAUGCCAGCUCGAGCUGUCCUGCUUUUUAGGUUACCUUUCCCAUAUGUAUCUCCGGGUUUGAGUGCAAUGGAGAAGCUGGUAGCACCAUUCUGCCCAAGAGUGCAGCCCUAACUGCCCUCCUGCUUGUGUCACACGCUGGCCCGUCAUCAGAAGGCAUCCCGUGUAGAUCUCUUACGGUAGCAGAGCUGGCCGCCCAACUUCUCUUUUUUUCUUCUCUCACCUCUACCACCAGGAUGCUUAAUCUGGUGUCACAUGGCAUGAAGGAAAAAUACCUUCACAGAAGCACAAAUAAAAGCACACAUUUUGAUAAACAUAGUCUAUCAGCAUUAACAAAUGUAAUAAAGAAAUUUGAUCUGCAUCUCCACUUUCCUAUUCUUUAAUAACGCUCUUACAACUUAAUAUAUAUUUUUUCAUAUGUCCAGAAAAAUCACAGUUAGGAGAAUAAUGUAUUGUACUUAGGUUAUUAUUUCCUGAAAAGGAUAAGCUACCUCUUUCCCUUAUUGCUCCCAUUAAAUCACAAGAAAAUAAAAAUAUCCAAGAGGAACUUAAAGGAUUCUAAAUGAAACUAAUCUUUAAAGGUGAAAUUAACCCACAACACCUGGGUGGCUUUUAUUUUCCUCCUUCGGUGUUUCUGUCAUAUAUUCAUGAGUCCCAGGGAAAAUGCCUGGUUGGUUUUCUCUGAGGUUUCCUAGUAGCUUUCUAGGAAUUCAUUAAAUGUUCUCACUAUUCAUAUUCCUGUUUCAUAUAUUAUAAAAUUGAGCCCUGUGUGGUGGCACACACCUUUAAUCCCAGAAUUCAGAAGUAGAGACAGAUGGACCUCUGGGUUUGAGGUCAGCCUGGUCUACAUAAUGAAUUCCAGGAAUAGGACUACGUAGUAAGAGCCUAUCUUUAAAACAGAACAUGACAAAGAAAAAAAUUGUCCGCUUUAGCAUAUGAAUUCUAAAAUUGUAGUUAGAUUUUAGCAUGGUUUAUGCAGCUGAGUCAUUGCCUGUAAGUGUGUAGAUUGGAGUUGACUUGCACAGUUGUGUUUGUGUAAGAUACUGCGUGACAGUUUAUGAACUUGUUGCUGUUUUCCCACAGUAUUGGCAGUUUUUGAGAGUUUUUCAGCACUUAGCAUUUUACAGCGUUCUACAACAAUGUAACAAUUUAAAACUGUUUUGUACAUUGAGAUGAUAUGCUACGUUGUAUAUAUCUACAUUAAGAAUAUUGUAAAUAUCAGUGUUUGUACAAUAAUGGAAGAUUUUUCCCUAAAAUAUAAACUCAUUUUUCCAUGUUUACUUGUGACAUAUUAAAAUACCCAAUUUUAAGCUUUGCGAAAUUAUCUUGCAAGGAAAGCUAAGGAGAAACGUGCUACCAAGUCUAUGUAAGUAAAGAUUUGAAAAUAAAACAGGUGGUUUUUGGUGUCUUUGUAAA